AUGAAGUUCAUCCAUCUCGUCGGACUCCUCGUGAGUGCGUCGCUCUUCGUCGUGGCAGACCUCACUGUGGCCUCCAACUCCUCACCCGUCGAGGCGUCGCCGAAACUGGACGUCGAGCCACCCAAGCAAACAAUCCACGCUCUUUCAACAGCCCACGGAAGGAACGAGGAACGAUUUCUGAUGGCGUUCUUCGACUGGUUGAUGUCCGUCUUCAGGUCGGGCAAGGUACGGGAGCUCGAGGGCAAGCUCCAGGACGUGUACAAGGUGGAAAAGGCCGCAGAUAUCGUCAAUCUGAUGGAACAUGCCCCGCCUCCAAACGACCAUGCGGCGCUCAACGUUAAGGUUGCUCGCAAAUUCGUCGAGAGUGACGAGUUCGUGGCCGUGUACAGACAACUGCAGAAGCACAACAAGGAGACGGCGGAUACGCACAUUUACUCGUUCCUCCGAACGAACCUCGGCGAGGACGUGGUCGCGCAACUGAUCGGCAUGGUGAAAGUCCACGGGAGCAGAAAGGGGAAGGAGAUGGCUGGAGGGCUUGAAAAAGCACAGUUUCGCGCCUGGUUCAAUGAUAGAACGAGUUUUGAAGAUGUCGUCGAGAAUCUCUUUCACAUGUCGCCUGGCGAGUUCAAAGCACUCGACGGGAAAGAGUGGAGAAAGAAGGUCAUUACCGACUAUUUCGAUUUCUACAAGCAGGAAGUUGUUGGCCACAGCAUGCCCGCGCAGCAGGGGCACCACGGACACCACGGGCACCACGGGCACCACCACCACCACUAG